GCAAGCUAUUCCUCUACAUCUCCAUCUACACAAAACUCAUCGCAUUACCUCUGUCACUUUUUCUUCAGAACAGGAGCAACUUACUUUAAUCUAUCUUUACCUUUGAUAAAAUCUCUCUCGUUGUCAACAUGUCUGAGCUGCAGUCGCUCAAACCAGACAAGGACUUCACCGCGGAAGUCGACAAGCAGCUCCCCGAAAUCGAGAAGCUCGCUCAGACAAAUGUUCAAGCAGCCAUCGAGAAAGCUCUUGUAUUGGAAAAGCAGACGAGACAGGCUUCUGAUCUUGCAUCUACAUCACGAGUAAUUAUCGCGAUCGUGACGAUAUGCAAAAAUGCCGGAGACUGGGCGCUACUAAAUGAGCAGGUUAUUCUGCUCUCGAAGAAGCAUGGCCAACUCAAGCAAGCUACGACCAAGAUGGUUCAGGUCGUCAUGAGCUUUUUGGACGACGCGGAUAUGGAGAACAAACUCUCCGUUAUUGAGACGCUACGGACAGUAACUGAGGGCAAGAUCUUCGUCGAAGUUGAACGUGCCCGCGUUACGAGAAUGCUUUCGGAUAUCAAGAGAGAUCAAGGCGACAAGAAGGCAGCUGCCGAUAUUCUUUGCGAGCUUCAGGUCGAGACCUUCGGAUCUAUGGAGCGUCGUGAAAAGACGGAAUUCAUCUUGCAGCAAGUGUCAUUGUGCAUUGAGAAUGAUGACUGGACUCAGGCUGGUGUUCUGAUCCGGAAGGUCAGCACAAGGUACUUCGCACGGAAACCGAAGAAGACACCUGAGCAGCUGGAGAAGGAGAAUAAGGAGCGGGAAGAAAAGGAGAAGAAUAGAAGCGUCGACGAUCCGCCUGUGGAAAAGGAUGAUGAUGUCACGGAUCUGAAGCUACGGUACUAUGAGCUACAAAUUCUGUUAGCCAAGCACGAUGACAAGUAUCUGGAUGCGUGUAAGCAUUGGAGACAAGUACUGGACACGCAGGUCGUGGAGGAGAACCCCGAACAUCUGCGAUUGGCUCUCCAACAUGUCAUCCACUUCAUCAUCCUCGCUCCCCAUGACAAUGAGCAGUCUGAUCUUCUUCACCGCAUCCAAAAAGAAUCCCGAAACUCGCUUGUGCCCGAGGACGCGGCCCUUCUCAAACUCUUCACCAUUCCCGAACUCAUGCGUUGGCCUAUGGUGUCGCAAAAAUUCGGGCCUCAUCUCUGCAGCACCGACGUUUUCGAUGCUGAGCCCAAUCAGUCUGCUGAUCCCAAGUCGUACCAACGAUGGACCGACCUGAGAAAGCGCGUCAUUGAGCACAAUGUGCGCGUGGUUGCCAAAUACUACACGCGCAUAAAGGUCGGUCGUCUCUGCCAGCUCCUCGACCUCACCGAGGAAGAGACGGAGAAGUACAUUAGCGACCUGGUCACUGCGAAAACCAUCUAUGCCAAGAUUGACCGACCAGCGCGGGUGGUCAACUUCGCCAAGCCAAGGGAUGCAGACGAUGUCCUCAACGAAUGGAGCGGAAACAUGAGCAGCUUGCUCGACUUGUUGGAAAGGAUUGAUCAUCUCAUUACCAAGGAAGAGAUGAUGGCUCGCAUCCAACCGACCAAGGUAGACAAGGCAGCCAAGGCAGCUAUAAAGGGACAGUGAACAGCUUAAAAACGGUCUCUUUCUUCUUUUUUUCAACGGUUGUUAUGCCUCUUUUGGGGAAAUGAUAAUAAUGUGGGUGAUCAAAUCACUCCGCACAUGAACCAUUACUCGUACGAUAAGGGUUCAAAGGGUUGUAUAGUAUCCCAAAUCUAAAUUCGGCUGUCUACCUAGACUUUGGCUCACUUCAUUUGAUACGGGCAAGCAUCAUAUUCUCCUUUUCUUUUCUUUGUUUUCAAUGAAAUCUGUCGGUAGAGUGGUCAAUAUACAAAUUCUAUCCAGUCUAUCAUUUUCAUCGUCGUCGUAGCUUUCUCUAGAGGCAGUAUUUAAAAGUAUCCGA